AUGACUACUGCUCAGCUCGUUCACAACACCAGAACACUAGAAGCAUCUAAGAGCACAAUUUUCCCAGCCCUAAUCACUAACGAACAUGAGUCACUGAUAAUGGUGAAGAAACUUUUUGCUACUUCCAUCUCAUGUAUAACAUAUUUGAGGGGCCUGUUCCCAGAGAGCUCUUAUAGAGAUCGCCAUUUGGAUGACCUCAGUUUAAAAAUUCUCCGGGAAGACAAAAAGUGCCCUGGGUCUUUACAUAUUAUUAAAUGGAUUCAAGGUUGUUUUGAUGCUUUGGAGAAGAGAUACCUUCACAUGGCAGUGCUAACACUGUACACAAAUCCCAAGGAACCUGAGAAAGUAACUGAGAUAUACCAAUUCAAAUUCAAAUACACAGAAAAGGGAACCACUAUGAACUUUGACAGUAGUAGUACAAGCUUCGAAAGUGGAACAAACAGUGAUGAUAUUAAGAAGGCCUGUUCCCUACUAAUCCGUCAAUUGUAUAUACUGAUGCAGAACCUUGGGCCCCUUCCUAAUGAUGUUAUACUUACCAUGAGACUCCAUUAUUAUAAUUCAGUGACACCACAUGAUUACCAACCCCCUGGUUUUAAAGAAGGGGGUAACUCACACUUCCUGCUGUUUGAUGGGGAGCCUGUGAGCCUUCGCAUGGGCUCAGUCUCCUCUGGCUUUCACAGCAUGAAAGUAAAAGUUACAACCGAGGCCACCAGAAUGCUUGAUGGGGAGAACAGUCCCACUCAGGAGAAUGGCACUACCGAGAUAGCCCAUCAGGGUCUUGACUGUGAUGAGGAAGAAGAGGACGGCAGCAACCAAAUUCAAAGAGUGAAUUUUGUGCACAUUGAGUCAAGUUUUGAAAGCUCCGGGAAGAAGAGGAAGGUCAGUGAGCCAGUGAAAAUCCUCAUCCCUAAAAGAAAAUGA